CACAGCACGAGGGCACACUGCCCUUGGGAAGACCCCGAGCAGCUUUCUGGGAACUGGGAGCUGUGAUGGCAUGGGAAGCCAGGUUGCACAACCAGGUCCCUUCCGCUGUGACACCCUUUAAACCGUGCUCGUCCCGCGCCCCUCCAGUCUGCAGAGGCAGCUCAGCGGAGCAGGACCAGGUAACAGAGGUUCCCUCUGGGCAAGGGGGAUCCUUCCUUGGGGCUGUGCUGGAGAGAGCCUGAAGAGGACGGGAGAGUGGCUGCAGCUGGAUCCUGGGGUGGAAGGUGUGGAAGAGCUGCAUCCAGCUGAUUUCUGAGCAGCGCCUGAGCCUUACCUGCACCAGACACUGCCAGCCCACACCCCGGUGACCAAGCCCUGUGUUGCAAGCAUGGACAUCGUGGAGAGGGUCUUCUCUGUGGCCCAGGCCAUCCAUGCCCAAUUCGAGCAGGUGAAGUGCUGUAAGCACCAGUGCCAGCGCCUUGUGGAGCGAAUCCAGAUUCUGCUGGAGCCCGUGAGGGUCCUGAGAGCUCAGCCACGACAGCACAUCUCCCACCAUGAAGAGGAACUGCUUGAAAAGCUGCUCCAGGCACUGGGGGAAGCCCAGAAACUGGUGAUGAAAUACAGCCAGGCCAGCUGGAUCCAGAAGUUCCUGCGAGCCCGAAGUACUGGUGAGGAGUUUGUGUGGGUGAACGAAAGCCUGGAGGACAUUGCCCAGGGGCUCUCGCUCCUGCUGCAGGCAGAGCAGAAGCAGGCUUUCCUGGAAGCUUUCCAGUCAAAGACAUGUCGCAGGCAGGAUGCUGAGGACCUGAGGGAUGACAGAGCUUUCCUGGACCAGGUGAUUGCAAGUACUGAGGAGCCCAAAGGUGUGGUUGAGGAGAUCUACAUCGACAGGGAGUGUAUGGAGAGCAAGGUGGACUGGAUGCAAGGCGAGCUGAGCAGAGUCAUUCGUGAGAUGGAGCGCUUGAAGAAGGUCAAUGUUGGUAAAAGAGAAGACAUCACUGAGAUCAAGCGAGACCACCUCACUUUCCACAGGCACCUGCAGGACACAGAGAGCUACGACCUUUAUGAGGGCGAGUACCUCAAGUACCCUGUUGCCAUCAAAACCUUCAAGAGGCCAUUGACCACGGACCCCGUCAAGGUGAGAGACAUCUUUGAGAAGGAGAUUCAGACCCUGAAGAAGUUUGAGUCUCCAAAUAUCCUGCGCAUGUAUGGGAUCUGCAUUGAGGAGAAGGAUGGCAGCCCCUGCUUCUCCAUCAUCAUGGAGUACUGUAAGCAUGGGACGCUGCGGGAUGUGCUGAACAAGGAACGGGAUCUUUCCUGGGAUAUCCGCAUUCGGAUGGCCCUGGGAGCCGCCAGAGGCCUCUACAGGUUGCACCAGACGGGGGAGAAGUCCCGACUCCAUGGCUGCAUCUGCAGUAGCAAGUUCCUGGUGGCUGGGGAUUACUGUGUGAAGCUGUCAGGAUUUGAGCUGUGUGAAACAGAAUCAUCCAUCAAGAGGAAAGCCAAGAAGGACUGGAAGCAAGUCUCUAUGUUGGCUUACAUCGCUCCAGAGAAUCUGAAAGACAUCAACUACCCUUACAAGAGGCCCUGUGAAAUAUACAGCUUUGGGAUCGUUCUGGCAGAGAUUGCAACCUCCAAAAUCCCAUUUGAAGGCUGCACUCCUGAGGAGAUUGUGGAGAAAAUCUGCAAUCACCAUUACUGGGACCCUCUUGGGGAAGACUGUCCUGAAGACCUGAGGAAAGUCAUUGAACAGUGCCGGGCCUUUGAGCCCUCCCAACGCCCUUCUGCCGAGGAGAUUGUGGACUCGCUAGCUGACCUGGAGAAAAGGAGAAACCAAGGCAGUUAACUGUGGGGAACAGGGCCGGGUGACGCAGGGCAGCAGGCCCAGGGUGCCACUCGCCCCGUUCCCCUCACAGACACUGACAGUUCAACACUCCUGCGUUUGUUUCUGUGCGUGCCACCUUCGCCUUGCCAGGGCGCCGGGCCUGGGCGGCUUUGCAGGCAGCUGGGGAGGGAGGUGGCUUGAGGAGAGGCUGUCAAGAAGCCUACACGGACCAGAGAGACGGAACACAGCUUCUUUUACAAGAACAGACUGAGGGAGAUGAGCCUGUUCAGCUUUGAGAAGAGAGGACUGAGGGGGGACCCCGUUAGUGUCUGUCCCUCUCUCAAGAGAGACUGCAGCGGACGGAGCAGGCUCUGUUGGGCGGCGCCCAGCAAUAGGACACGAGCCAGCCGGCAGAGAAUGAUACAUAGGAAGUUCCACUUGAAUAUGAGGCAGAACUUCUUUUCUGUGCGGGUUAUCAUACACUGGAACAUUGCCCAGAGAGGGUGUGGAGUUUUCCUCACUGGCGAUAUUCCAGAAACAUCUGGACGCAAUCCUGUGAAACGUGCUCUAAGACAAUCCUGCUUGAGCAGGGAGGUGGGACCAGAUGACUCACUGUGCUCCCUUCCAACCCGACCCAUUCCGUGAUUCUCCUCGGCCUCGCCCCUGCCCACGGGCGCCGGGGCCCGGCUACCCUGGGGCCACCUCCGGCUCCGCUUGGGCUCCCCCCGGUUCCUUCCAAAUCCUUUCCCGUUCUGCUCGGCUGCCCUCGGGGUUCCCCCUGGUUUUCCCCGGCCCUCCCCCAGGUACCCCUCCAGCUUCCCCUCCCGUUUCCCCCGGUUCCCCCGGACUUCCCCAGCUGCCCCCGGUUCUCCCGGGCUCAGCCCGGACCCACCCCGCCAUGGCUACGCCCCGCCCACCUCCC